AUGGGCUCCGAACAUAGGUUCGUUAUGCAGCCGGUACUGUGCAGGAUUACCAAUCUGGACACGUCGGAUAAUGGCGGCUUCAGCACAUACCCAACCGAGAAUAGCAAACACACCAGGCCUCAUCAAAUUAUGGAUGGUGGACUCACCAGUGGUAGGACUAUUCAUUACAUGUAUGAUUUUGAAGAUGGCUGGGAACAUGUCAUCACCUGUGCUGGGCGAGCAGAUGCAACUACCAACUUCGUGGUAUUGGGUGGUGAAGGUCAUGGAUGUGCGGAAGACGUGGGAGGGUAUGGCGGAUGGCCCAACCUAAUUAUAGCUUAUGAGUCUGAUGAACCGACGAAGUACCAGAGAUAUUUGAUGUAUUGUUUCGAAAAUACGGCUCAUAACAAGGAUCCGAGAGGUCUGCGGAGAGUUGCAAAGUACGCGUGGGACAAAGACGAAAUCAAUGCAAUCUUAGAAGCACUCGAUAAUUCCUACCUCCCUGCACUUCCUACUUCAAUACUUCUGGUAUUCUUGGCUAAGGAGUCAUGGUUCGAUCUAAUGUACGCUUCUGUACUUGCCCAACUUCGCUCUAAAGCCACGAUUAGAGAAGUUACAGAUGGAUUUGACGUCAUCAUCGUUACGAAUGCGGCAAUCAUGGAAUCCGAGUUCGUUGCUAUCAAUCAAAAUUUGGUUGAAUAUGCAAAAGCCGGUGGAGUUUUGAUAUUCGGAUUUUCGAUGCCAAGCCUUACCGAGCCAUCAAAAUUUGAGAAAUUGAUGGAAAGCUAUGGCCUAGAUUGGAAGUUUGGUUAUUGUACUGGGGAGAUCUAUAACAUCAAUAGAAUGGCUGAUCUUAACAAGAAGUACAGUUUGAUGCCCUACAACAUGAACGCUCUCUGUUUGAAGAACGUUAGGCCUGAAGAUAGAGUCUAUUCUGGCUCUCACCGCGCUAAAGAUCAGAGUCCCGCAAUUUUCGCAAAGUAUGGAAGUAGCGGGGGUCGAAUUGGUUGA